GAGCAGGGACCCUGCGGAUCGUAUAUUAUCAGGAAAACGACAUUUAGUACGGAGAUGGCAGAUCUCAUGUGGUUAGAUAACGUGUCCAAGGAGCAACUAAUCUCCUUCGCACAGAGUCUGGGAGUUGACCACAUAGGCACCACGCGGGAGAUUCGUAAGCGGGUAACUACAUUGGCAGCCAAGGCGCACGGAGACCCGGAAGUAGAAGAACAAUUUUUAAAAAUGGAAGCUGCAUACAAAGCAGGUGAGAUCGCUUCACGAGACGAAGGCGAUCAGAGGUACCGCGAGCACUUUCGCAGAAUCAUCACGGCUACAGCCGCCACAAAUCAACAGGUUACUUCAACAGAACCACAUUGUUACAUUCGCACCCAUCAUUGACCAGGUGAGGAAGUGGUCCGUGAAAUACGACGGCGGGCGAGACCCAUUAGCGUUUGUCGAGAGAUUAGAAGAGCUCUCCGAAGUGUACAUGGUGAAUAUGGACAUUCUUCCAAGAGCCAUGCCCGAAUUAUUGUGCGGUACCGCUCUCCAAUGGUAUCGCAACAAUAACGAACAUUGGGAGAGUUGGACAACCUUCAAAAAGGACUUUCUGCGCUUCUUCCUACCAGCACGUUACUUCGAACGCCUCGAAGAUAACAUACGGCAGCGAAGACAACACGUUCGAGAAAAAUACAAGGACUACGUUCUAGCUAUGCAGAGCUUAAUGCGACACGUUGGGUAUAAUCCGGAAGAGCGGCUGGAAAGAAUUUUUCGGAAUAGUCACACCGAUUAUUUGCUCUACAUUCAGCGGCGAGAUUUCGAGACGCUGGCUGAACUCAUCACACUGGCAGAAGAGUACGAAGGGAUAUAUGAAGGGCAACGACGAGGAGUAGAGCCACCUCGACGCGAGAUGACGAGACACAUUAUAGGUGACCACGAGGCGAGACAUGCAAGUAGGCCGUUACCACGUCCACCACAACACCACGCAACGGUAGAGGCGUAUCGCCAGCAACCAUCUACGAGUAGAACCUUUAGCCCUGGAAAUAUAUGCUUCAGAUGCGGUCAGGAAGGUCACUAUGCUAGGGAAUGCCGUAAUCCCAAGAAAUUGUGUUGCAGGGAGUGUGGCCGAGCGGAUGUGCUAACGAAAGAAUGUUGUCAUAAACAACAGGGAAACGACCAAGGGUUUCGCCAAAGACAAGGCGCGGCGAACCCACGGGACUCAGCGCCGAACAACCAAUAAUUAUGCAUCAGGAACGCGGCCGGCUAUACGCCCUAAUCACGCUGGGCGGAGAACCGGCGGAAGCCGUCAUCGACACCGGCGCUUCGAAAAGUUUUAUAUCACCACGAGUUGCAGAACAUAUGGACGCAACCGGGAACAGUAAGAAGGUGACCGUAGCUAUCGAGAUACAAAUGGCCGAUGGCACCACCAGCAAGAUUUUCGACGCCGUGGAGACCACCAUUCAACUCGGACAGACAUCGCUAAAGGCAGUGUUACACGUGAUGCCCGGAGCGAUUGAUGACGUCAUACUUGGAUUGGAUACACUGGGGAACAUGGGAGCUAUAGUGUCCUGCGGAGGUCACCAGGUAGUGCUGAA